AUGGAAGAAGCUCACUCAGUGAAUAGUCCGAGACGAGUUUUAAGCUUCUCAAAGAGAAAGAAGCAGAAGCAGCCCGGUUUCCAGGAUUCAGACAGCGUAAGGCCGUCUCCGUUUAAAGCAUCGCAAGUGCAAGGACCAAAACCCUCAGAGGUAUAUGGCUUUGUAGGGUCCAUAUCGACCGUUGUCGCCACAGGGAUCUUCUUGAUAUGGGCCUAUGUACCAGAUAAAGUGUUGGAGUCUAUUGGGAUUCAUUACUACCCAAGCAGGUACUGGGUUUUGGCUAUGCCGACGUAUCUGAUGGUGAGUUUGCUGUUAGCUUUGGCGUUUUACAUUGGUCUCAACUUCAUCGCCACUCCACCUCCAACCUCUCUUAACACAUUGUUUGAUGAGUACAGUCGAGAGCCUGGAGAGUUUGAUCAGCAGAUGGAGGAAGGGGACGAGAGGCCUAUAGAUCCAAUCUCUGACCUUGAUAUCACAAGAAUCAAUGAUCUCAUGUUCAAUUCAAGUGAUGCCAAGUGA